AUGGAGCCUGGUCCCGCAGUGCCUGCCUACAUCCUGCGAGGCCACGACGCCGCGAUCCAUGCUCUUCACUUCUACAAAAACAACGCCCUGCUUGCCUCGGGAGACAGCGACGGGUGGAUAGUCAUAUGGAGUCUCUCAUCCAAACGAGCCGUGGCGGUCUGGAAGGCCCACGGGGAGGGAAUCAUGCAAAUCAAGCAUUGGGCGAGGAAUAGACUUGUAAGCCAUGGAAGGGACCAUAAACUCCGCGUCUGGCAACUUCGACAGGAGGAUCUUGCAGGUCUGAGUACAAAACUGCCGACCGACUCGGACGGCUCAGCAUCAUCACCAGAUCAACUGCAGCCAUGGCUGCUUCAUUCCAUAUCAGUCAACGCCCUCAAUUUCUGCGCCUUCUCCAUGUGCGAUCAGGAAGCCCAACGACCCGCAAGUGAGGAAGCAUCUCCCCAACUGGUCGCCUCGCCUAACGGCCUCGACUCCGGCGGUAUCGACAUCUUCCAACUCCCAUCAGAGAGGCGGGUGUCGCAGAUCAAGUCGGACAAGGGUAACCCGACGGGGAUGGUGAUGGCCGUCUGCCUCUUCCACAAGAAGACCGACUCAGCGUCGAGACUCGUCCUUAUCGCGGGCUACGAGGACGGACGAGUCAUGAUGCACGCGUACCAAGGAGAUCUGAGUAAUCCGAACGGGUGGUCGGGGGCGUGGCAGAGAGUCGCGAGCAGCAAAGCGCACACGCAACCUAUCCUUUCACUCGCCAUGCUCCCUUCCAAGACGCACUUCCUGACGUCCAGCGCCGACGCCCUGAUCUCCAAGUUCUGCCUGCCUUCUUUCCUGGGAGACCUCGAACAAGAAGGAAGAGAAGAAAAGCUAGAGCAGCUGCAGAGCGAAAAGUCCAUCAACACGAAACACGCCGGCCAGCAGGGCCUCAGCGUGCGCUCCGACGGCAAGAUCUUCGCUACGGCAGGCUGGGACGGCCGCGUGCGCGUGUACUCGGGCAAGACGAUGAAGGAAUUGGCCGUGCUCAAGUGGCACAAAGUAGGCUGCUAUUCUACGGCUUUUGCGGACGUUGAUCCGAUCAUCACCCAUGAUGUUGGCGGCGCGGAUGGUGUUCCUCCCUCAUCAUCUGCUGAUCCUGGUGGAAACCUAAUAUUGUCGAACAAUAUCGCCCCUAACGACCUUACAAAACCGCUGAAUGCGCUCGACAUGAUCAAGCGACAGCGGGAAGAAAAGGCUCAACGAACACAUUGGCUAGCCGCUGGCGGCAAAGACGGUAAAAUUUCACUGUGGGAUCUCUACUGA